CCAGCGAGGCACGGAGGCAAGCAGGCCGGCGGAAGCUCGCCGGUUUAAACCCCCACUUCGCACUCGCAGGCACCCACCCAAGGGCAUCAACAUUCUCAAUUGGAGAGGCUUGGAGCUGCUUCGGCAUCCUCAGGAGAGCAAACAAACAAGCAGGCGAAUGCUUCGUGUUGCAAGAAUCUGUACGAGAUCGAAUUCAGCCCGUGCUGUAUUUGCAUUCCUUGCGGGUCCUCGACCUUUUGCUAGUCGCGACACCACGUAUCGCUUGGGCAGUAAGUUUCUUGGGACUAAGUGCACCGGCGAUGAACAUAUAGGAUUCCUGACCCACAAACCUCGUGUUGGUAGUUGCGGCGCGUGCUUUUCCACUGCUACCGAAACAGUUCUGGUCCAAGCCCGUGACUCGUCUCAGCUAGCGUUGGAGAUAGAGAAUGCGAUCGAUCAGAAGAGGUUUGAUGAUGCGUUGAUGGCAUAUGAGAAGCAUGUUCACAUGGACGGGUUCCCAAGGAAGUCUGUUUUGGGUAAGCUCAUCACUGGCUUCGCGGUCACCUGUGAUGCUCACAGGCUUAACCAGUCAUACAAUGUGGUCGAUCAUGUGUCUCGAGACAAGGUUGAAUUGUUGGAGAGGGAGCCCCUAAUCUACCUAUCUCUUAUUCUAGCACGUUGCGCUCUUCCUCAUCUUGCAGUCAAUGUUGUGAGGAAGUUAGUAAAGAUGGAAGCAUACCCACCCGUUGCUGCAUGGUCUGCAAUCGUAGCACACAUGUGUCAAACUGCAACCGGUUCAUUUCUUGCUGCCGACAUGGUAAUGGAGAUUGGAUACCUUUUCCAGAAUAAUAGAGUCGACCCGCGCAAGAAGAGCAAUCGUCCAUUGCUAUCAAUGAAACCCAAUUCAUUUACCUUCAGCAUAGUUCUGACAGCAUCCCUCUUGUUUGGUACCACUAAAAAGGCCGAACAGCUUCUUGAAUUAAUGCUCAGGAUAGGGGUGAAACCGGAAGCCAGCUUGCUGAUUGUCAUGGCCCGUAUAUAUGAAAAGAAUGGACACAAGGAUGAGAUUCACAAGUUGAAGAGGCAUGUUGAUGAGGCAUGUGGUCUAAGUGAAUCAGAAUUCAGGCAGUUCUAUGAUUGCCUGCUCUCCUGUCAUUUAAAAUUUGGGGAUUUGGAUUCUGCUGUGGAUUUGGUGUUGGAUAUGCUUAAAAAGGGUAAAAAUGCUAAACGGUCGCUAGAAGCAGCUAAAGCAGUCCUCGAAGCAGUUGAGAAUAACAAAAUUUAUCUUCCUUAUGACAAAGCAGGUACUGAAAAUCCGGGUUCCCCAAAUAAAUCUGUGUCUACUGAUAGCCAAAUGCUGAACUAUGUUUCAUUCUUCAAUGACAAGAGCUUUGCAAAGCUUGAAUUAGAGGUGAGACAAUUACACAAGCUAUUAUCAGAUAAGCUCCAGGAACAGGUUGGACUAGUUAAAUCUGAACAUGGUAUCCUCCAUCCAACUGAAACAAUGUAUGCCAAACUUGUCAAAGCUUUUCUGGAAGCAGAUAAGAUCAGUGCGUUGGCAUCAUUUAUUGUGAAAGCAAGCAAAGAAGAAUGUCCAGUGUCUGUUGAGAACUCUUUUGUUGUCCAAGUAAUAAGUGCAUGUAUUUCUGUUGGGUUAUUAGAGCAAGCACAUGAUCUUCUUGACGAGAUGAGAUUUUCUGGAAUUAGGGUUGGUUCUUCCAUUUAUUCGUCGCUCCUAAAAGCCUACUGCAAGGAGGGCCAUCAUGAAGAUGAUAUAACUGCACUUCUGAAGGAUGCUGAUCAAGCAGGUAUUCAGUUGGACUCAAGCUGCUAUGAACAUUUGAUACAAUCCAGGGCACAUCGCAAUAACACCACAGGUGCUCUCCAUCUUUUUAAUGAGAUGAAGAACUCAAACAUUCAAAGAUCUGGUCACAGGGAGUUUGAGAUGUUAGUACAAAGCUGUGAUAACAGUGAAGCUGCUUUGACGACUAAGCUAGUAGAAGAAGUCAGAAGUGGCCAUACGGUUAAUCAUGCUAUUCAUGACUGGAAUAAUGUUAUACAUUUCUUCUGUAAGAAGAGAUUAAUGCAUGAUGCUCACAAAGCACUGAGCAAGAUGCGUGUUUUAGGCCACAUGCCAAAUGCACAAACUUUCCAUUCUUUAGUAACUGGUUAUGCUGCUGUUGGUGGAAAAUAUGUGGAGGUGACGGACUUGUGGGGUGAAAUGAAAGUUCUGGCGAACUCCAACUCAAUGAAAUUUGAUCAAGAACUAUUGGACUCUCUGUUGUAUUGCUUUGUGAGAGGUGGUUUCUUUCUUCGAGCAAUGGAAGUUAUAGAAUUGAUGGAAAAAUGCAAGAUGUUUAUAGAUAAAUACAAGUACAAGUCCCUGUGGCUUAAAUAUCACAGAACAUUGUACAAAGGUAAAGCUCCCAAGGUGCAAACAGAAGCUCAAUUGAUAAGGAGAGAAGCAGCAUUACAUUUCAAGAGAUGGAUUGGGUUGACAUGAGAGUGAGAUUCUAUGAGCACUUCUAAAGUUAACCACAGAGCAUCCCCAAUUAUCAACUUGUGCAGGGGAAGAGGAUCACUACGGCCAACGGGAGCUGAGACACUUCCGACGGAAUUGGUUAUCUUAGAUCACCUACAAGUAUACAGUUGGUGCUGCACUUUUAUCCCAUUUUUCCAAUAGCGAGCUCCUCUUAAGUGGCUUGGCUUGUAUUGACAUUUUGCUGAAGCUCCCACUGAACAUGUGCGCCAAGUUGUUAAAUGUUAGACAAACAGGCUUUCUGAUUGUUAGAAGGUGGAACAUUGCACUGCGAUGCGAGCUUUAAACUACUAUGAUGGUGUGAUGGGAACACAUGAUGAAGAAACUAGAAAGUUUUUCAAGCAUUCUUCAGUCAUUUGUGUUUUUUCACCUUGAUAUGCCAGCAGUAAGCUGAGUAUUUUCAAACAACAGGCAAGUUGUGGCAGUAGGUUUCCUAAGGCAAGUGCGAAUGGACCAAGACAACUUUGGUACGAUUUGCACUGUAAGAAUGAUGGACCAGCUGCCUAUGAUGUCUUUUUUUUAGCAUCGCUAGAGAAAGGUAUCCAAGUUCCGCGAUCGAUUUAGGAAAGUAUCUCGUUGAAAAGAUGAUGCUCUAUUAAAGCUGGAGCAUAUCUCAUGGAUACUCAGCCCUUCGGCUAAUGUUCCAAAUGAUCAUGUUAGUUUGCGGGUUUCAAAAGAACAAGAUUCUGAAAAUUGACAUGUUCAGGUCUUAGCACUAUUCUUGUGCUAACAAUCUGAUACCGAUGGAAUUGGCCCUCAAAAUUGCAAGCAAGAUUAGAGCUGGCGAACGAUUUACAGUUUAUGUAGUCAUACCAAUGUGUCCUGAAGGAGUCCCUAUCACAGCCUCUGUGCAAGAAAUUCUUUACUU